AUGGUGGUGGGCACGCUCAUGAGUCUCUGUGACGACCCCACGCGGGCCAGUGUGGGGCAGGACUGGCGCGAGGGGGACCUGCUGAACCGCGUGCCGAUCAUCGUGACUGGAAAUGACUUCAGUACGCUCUGGGCGCCGUUGAUUCGUGAUGGACGCAUGGAGAAGUUUUACUGGCAGCCCACGAAGGAGGAUAUAGUGAAUAUAGUGUACCGAAUGUACAUUAAAGACGGAUUAUCACUUCAAGAUAUCGAGAGGCUCGUCGACAGGUUUCCAAACCAACCGUUGGACUUCUAUGGUGCCCUUCGUGCGCGCACAUACGAUGAGAAAGUGCUCGAGUGGGUGGAGGCCAACGGAGGGCCAUCCAAGGUGGGAAAGCUGCUGAUCAAGCCGAGGAGAUGGGAUGAUGGCAGCGAUGGCAAGGACACCAGACCCUCCGUCGACCCGCCUGCGCAAACCCUAGAGGAGCUGGUAAGGGCAGGAGAGCAGAUAGAGCACGAGCAGAAGUUGAUGAAUGAAGCUCGGCUGUCGGAUGAGUACAUGAAGAAACAGACGGGUCCAGGGAUCGGGCUCGCGAUGGGUUGA